CUUACUUAUUGCUAUCAUGGCUCGACACGGUAGGAGUGCGGGAAGAAAAAUUUGAACGGAAAAAGAGUUGAAGUAGAACGUGAUAUACUAGUUUGAGUGGCGUGAUAUUGUGAGAAAUAUGAGUGUGGACGCGUACGGCCCCAGCUCACAAAGUCUGACCUUUUAUGACACCGAGGAAAAUGACUUAUUGGGGGCUGACACACAGGGGUCCGAGUACGAGUUCAACCUCACACUGGGCAGUCAGACCCAGACUCAAGGAGACCCGCUGGACAAGACACAACCCACCCAGAGUCAGGUGACUGUGAAUGGAGAUGUUGCAGAAACUGAAGUAGAGAAGACAACAGAAGCACUUGCUGACCUACAGUUUGAGGAAGAGGAUGAAGAAAAUGCUUUCUACACCAAGGAGCUGCCAGAAUGGGCAUGCCGAUACUGUGGAAUCCACGAUCCAGCAUCUGCUGUCAUGUGCAAUGUGUGUCACAAGUGGUUCUGCAAUGGACGUGGUAACACCUCUGGCUCUCACAUCAUCAAUCACCUUGUUCGGGCCAAGCAUAAGGAAGUGAGCCUCCACAAGGAUGGACUUGUGAGAGACACCGUUCUUGAAUGUUACGCUUGUGCCGUCAAGAAUGUCUUUGUGCUUGGCUUUAUUCCUGCCAAGGCAGAGUCUGUGGUAGUUCUUUUAUGUCGGCAGCCAUGUGCUGCACAAAGUUCUCUCAGAGACAUGAACUGGGACCCAGAACAGUGGAAGCCCCUGAUCAAUGACCGUGCUCUACUGCCAUGGCUUGUGCGUGUGCCUUCAGAAGCGGAGCAACUCCGUGCCCGCCAGAUUACCGCCCAGCAGAUUAACAAGCUGGAAGAACUGUGGAAGGAGAACGCUUCGGCGACAUUUGAUGACCUAGAGCGUCCUGGGGUGGACGAAGAGCCCCAGCAGGUUUGCCUAAGAUACGAGGAUGGUUUUCAGUAUCAGAAUAUAUUUGGGCCUUUAGUGAAGUUAGAAGCAGACUAUGAUAAGAAGUUGAAGGAAUCGCAGACCCAAGACAAGAUUGAGGUGCGAUGGGAUAUUGGCCUGAACAAGAAGAUCUGUGCCUAUUUCACCCUUGCCAAGACUGAUGGAGAUAUGAGGUUGAUGCAUGGUGACGAAUUGCGCCUCAGGUAUUUGGGUGACCUUCAUAAGCCCUGGUCUGGGGUUGGGCAUGUCAUUAAGAUCCCUGACAACUUUGGAGAGGAAGUGGGGAUUGAAUUGAAGUCCAAUGUGGGUGUGCCCACUGACUGUAGGGACAAGUUUGUGGUGGACUUUGUGUGGAAAUCGACAAGCUUUGAUAGGAUGCAGGCGGCUUUACGCAAGUUUGCUGUAGACGACUCCUCAGUUUCUCCCUACAUCUAUCACCGUCUCCUGGGGCACGUUGAGGUGGACGAGCUCAUAUUCCGUCACAUUCAUCUCCCAAAACAACUGUCGGCUCCGAACCUUCCCACCUUGAACAAUUCUCAGCAAUAUGCCUUGAAGCAUGCCCUUCAGCGUCCUCUGUCAUUGAUCCAAGGCCCUCCUGGCACGGGCAAGACAGUGACCUCAGCCACCAUUGUGUACCAGCUGGUGAAGCAGACUGGUGGCUCUGUCCUAGUGUGUGCCCCUUCCAACACAGCUGUAGAUCAGCUUACAGAGAAGAUCCACAAGACUGGUCUCAAGGUUGUCCGGUUGUGUGCCAAGUCUCGCGAGGCCAUUGAUUCUCCUGUCUCUUUCUUGGCCUUGCAUAAUCAAAUUCGCAGUCUUGAGGACAAUGGUGAGCUUCAGAAGCUACAACAGCUCAAGGAAGAGACAGGGGAACUGUCAUCAGCAGAUGAGAAGCGUUACCGCAUGUUGAAGAAACAAGCAGAAAAAACUCUUCUAGAAGCUGCUGAUGUCAUUUGCUGCACUUGUGUUGGUGCCGGGGAUCCCAGACUUGCCCGCCUUAAAUUCCACUCCAUCCUUAUCGACGAGUCUAUGCAGGCCACAGAACCUGAGUGUAUGGUGCCUGUUGUUCUCGGCGCCAAACAAGUUAUCCUGGUGGGUGACCAUUGCCAGUUGGGACCAGUGGUCAUGUGCAAGAAGGCUUCAAGGGCGGGCCUUUCCCAGUCCCUCUUUGAACGGCUGGUUGUCUUGGGCAUCCGACCUUUCCGCCUUACCGUCCAGUACCGCAUGCACCCACAGCUGGCCCAGUUUCCCUCCAACUUUUUCUAUGAAGGGUCUCUUCAGAAUGGUGUUGCUGAUGCUGAUCGUACAAUGAAGGGUGUAAGUUUCCCUUGGCCCCAGGCAGACAAACCUCAGUUCUUCUAUGUUACAUCUGGCCAGGAAGAGAUUGCUGGUUCAGGGACCUCAUACUUGAACCGUACAGAGGCCUCCAGUGUAGAAAAGUUGGUAACACGCUUCCUCAACUCAGGAGUGAAGCCAGAGCAAAUUGGCGUCAUCACACCUUAUGAAGGCCAAAGGGCUUAUUUGGUUCAGUACAUGCAAUACCAAGGUCCUUUGAACCAGAAGCUCUACCAGCGUUUAGAGGUUGCAAGUGUGGAUGCCUUCCAAGGGCGAGAGAAAGACCUCAUCAUUAUGUCUUGUGUGCGGUCCAACGAGCACCAGGGUAUUGGCUUUCUCUCAGAUCCACGAAGACUGAAUGUGGCUCUUACUCGAGCUCGUUACGGCAUCAUCAUUGUGGGCAACCCCAAAGUUCUCUCUAAGCAAGGGUUAUGGAAUCACUUACUCCAUCACUUUAAGGAAAAGAAAGUCUUGGUAGAAGGUCCAUUGAAUAAUUUAAAAGAAUCAAUGAUGCAGUUCAGCAAACCUAAGAGGCUCAUCAACGCCACCAACCCAGGUUCUCACUUCAUGAACACGGCCAUGUAUGAUGCACGAGAGGCCAUGGUGCCAGGCUCUAUGUAUGACCGCUCAGGCCCCAUCAACGGCUCAGCACCUCCCCCUUCACCAUACUUCAGAGGACCACAGUAUGACAUGUAUGGACGUGCACAUGAUUCGCUGGACUACAUCUCAGCUGACCACUCCCAACCUGGACUUAACAACUUACCUGUACCAGUGGGGAUGUUCAUGAACAUGGCUCAUGUCCCUCCACGAUUUUACCAGCAGCAUCAACAAGCUCUGGCUCAGGCUCGAGGUAGCCGGGGUGGAGCUCGUGGAGGCCGAGCAGGGUCAAGGAAGGUGACCAAGAACAUGGGUGGUGCAGCUGGUGCUCUUCAGCUCUCACAGCCAUUCAGCCAAGAUCCAUCAAUGCAAAGCUACUCCCAGCCUGGCCUUACACAAGGUCAUUUGUCACAGGGUAUGUCUGGACCUGUCCUAAGUGGAUUGUCCCAAGGAGGCCUAUCCCAGGCAGAAUUAUCCCAAGACUCGUACAUGGUGGACCAGUUCCAGAGUCAGACAGACGGCCUCCUCUCCCAAGACUCUACGUACCAGGGCGACCGUGCGUUCUUCACUCCAGCAUCACAAACGCACCACUUCUCGCAGCCGUACUGAUGGCAGACCUGAAGAGAUCCCCUGGCGCAUGAAGGCGAUGAAGCAGCGCACCAGAGCAGCAAAACAGCAAGCAGGUGGAGUAACAAAGAGGGGCACCUACAGCAGGCGCAGCAGCAGCAACAGCAGCGGCACAAGGAAUAGCAGGCUAAAGCAGUCAGUCACCUAUUGUGGUUUAAGUCACAUGCUGACCUCAUGGCUACGAAAGCUAUUGGGAGGAAGGAGCUUUGAUUACAGGAACAACAUGUUCGACUCUGCGGAGGCCUAUGGCAUUAAUCAUGGGUUUUUGUCAAGGUUGAUGUCAAAAGUCUAGUCUCAAAAAUUAAUAUUUUUGGGGUCUUGUAAUGCUCUCAGGCAAAUGCUGGCUUAUACAGAAGAUCUCUUCUGGUUCCUAAGGUCUUUAAAGCACAGAAAAUUACCUGAGAAAUUCCUUGACAGGAAAUUGUUCUUGGUAGCAAGAAUGAGGUUAGGACACCCAGAUGUGAUGUAAAGCAAGAUGAGCAACUUCCAGCACAGCCUCCUCCUCUCCCUGUUGGGUUGGUGUAGGAGAUGUAACUCUCGCAUGGCCACCGGUGACUGCUGUGCUGCCUUGACGUCAGUGCCUGUGUCCUGACUAGUGGUGAGGCCCACGCUCACUCCUCCAUCACCUACUCACACCACUGGCAACUACCAUGUGGAACAUGAGUAGCAGGAGACUCCCAACGUAUACCCAACAACAUCCAUUUGUCGGUCGUCACUGUUUCUAUUUCUGUUGCGUAAGAAUCUGUUUUUGUAAUCAACCUAUUCAUUAUAUGCUGGGUAUUUGGUUUUAGUUACAAGGGUGUGUACGAUACCAGGCACCUGUAAUUACUCUUUUUGUGUACUUAAUUUACUUUUUUCCACUGUUGACUAAUCAAUUCGUCACAAUAUUAAGGAGGUGGCAGUUCUAUGAAGUGUGAGGCAGGGUUGACAUAUUGUACCUAAAUUUUAGUUGAUGUCUGUGCAAUGAUGUUUAAAUAUUUUUUUCCCCAAUCUUUGUUAUUGUUCUGUACUACUGUGAAUAACCAAUUUCUUAGUAUGGUACAAGUACAAAUUAUAAAAGAAAAUGAAAGGAAACUGCCAUAAUUGUAUUUGGUAAUUAAUAAAACCAAUGAAGUACAGUAAUGUUUUUUGUAAUCAUGGAAAAGAGUUGUAGCAAGUUUUGUUCAAUAAGGAAACAAAGUAUGACAAAGAAAUAAUUCUUUUUAAUUACUGUACAGUAUUAUCUUUUUAAAAAAAAUUCCUUUAAAAUUAAGAGACUUAUCAGGUGUCUCCAGCCGUUGGAUAAUAAUUUGAAGGCAGUUAUGUUACUUUUAUACUUCUCAGAUUAUUGGCUUUUGUUUCAAGCUGUGAAUUAUCUAACUAAGCUUUUUGAUUUCAGGUGGCACAAGUUACGUUAUAAUAAAAGGUCGUGUAACUUUGUCAAAUAAAGGAAUAAUUGUGAAUUCCCCCCACCCUUCUUUAGUUUCUCACUUUUUUCUGUUCAAUUUUUUUCCAAGUCCAAUCAGCAUACAAAAUUUUAAAGAAAUUCUUGAGAAGAUUAGACUUCUUGAACUAUUUUCCCCUCUCCCUUUUUAAAGUGAAUGAACUCCUGUGAUUUAAACAAUUGUCUCUUAAAAUUUUUACCUUCAUUGAUGAAACUUUUAUAGGUAAGCAUUAAUUUGCUGAGAUCAAAGUUGUUAACAAUAUUUUACUGUAAGACUUAUUCAAAGUGACAUGAUUAUUCACCUAACAGGAGCUUAUUUAUAUUUUCUUCUUGAUUGGGUCUUAGAAAUUUUAUUUUUCUGAAUUUCUCUCAAGGAAACAAAGGUGAUAUCACAAUAAAAUUUGAAAGAA